AUGACGGUCCCACAACACGAUCAAGGCGAUGCCCAGCAGCACGAGCGGAACUCGAAGAAAAGGUGGGGUGGUGGCCGAGCAUUUCAGGCGCCAGACUGCCGUCCACGGCAGAGGAACGAACGGUGCAACCUCGCAGAACGGAGAGAGCGCAGUAUGUUCGCAGACGGCGUGGAUAUCGUUCGGGGCUGGCGGAAAACAAUCGGCCGAACGAGUCCGAUUCAGAACGCGUCUCGAGCCAGAGCUAUUGACAGAGCCAGAACUUCGCGCAUCCUUUCUCCCGUUGCGGUCGAGCAAUCCGAUGACGAAGAUAGCGCAUCUCCGAGCUUUUGA